AUACAUAAUUUACACGGAAAUGAAAUCUUCAUAAGCGCGACUACCCUGCCAAUUCGGAGCAGAGCCAUCACUCAUCAGCCAUGUCCACCUAUCUCCCUGAGGACGUGGUUCUCAAUAUCCUUUCCAGGCUGCCUCCAAAGUCUCUUCUCCGAUUCAGAUCCGUCUGCAAAUCCUGGCUCUCCCUCAUCGGCAAACCCAAUUAUGUAUCCAAAAACCUCCUCAACCACUCCAUUCUCACCGCCGCCGCCGCCGCCGCCGCCCAUCAGCUCCUUCUCGUAAAACUCACCGCCCCAUCCAUUCCCAAAAGGCAGACUUGCUCUUUCCUCUCCUACCAAACCCUUGCCUUCGCCUCUCAAACUCCUCAAAAUCUUCCUAUACGAAGCCCACGUGGGCUUAGCAUUGUGGGUUCCUGUAAUGGCUUGCUCUGUCUCUUUGAUUAUUUCUCCGGCGGCGACAUCUUUGUCUGGAACCCCGCCACUUCAGAGCUCAAGGCCCUACCUUGCGAGUCCAACGACGUGGACACUGUAUGCUUCGGCUUCGACCACAAACUAAAUGAGUUUGUGGUUAUGCGGACUCGUUAUGUUCCGGAGCGUGAUCCGCCGGUUUUUAUUACGAACCGGGGAGUGAAGGUUCUUCGUCUGAACCGGGUGGCGGAGGUGUAUAGGCUAAGAAGCGGUGAUUCUUGGAGAAAGCUUAUCGUGGAUGGAGACGUGCCCGAUUGCAACGGACCCAAUUCGCGGUCACGGUGGGCAUAUGCAAAUGGGGUUUGUUACUGGUGGACGUUACGUGGUGUUGAGGACGAAAAGAUUGUUGCUUUCGAUGUGAGCGAGGAGGUGUUCAGGACGACGCCGUUGCCGGAUGCUAGUGUUCUUGGGAGGCGCAGUGAUGUGAGGGCUCUGACGGUGCUAAACGAAUCGGUUGCGAUGGUGGUUGUGCGUAAUAAAAGCAAAUGGGAGGGGAAAUUGUUUGAUAUAUGGGUGUUGCUUGAAUUUGGUGUGAAGGAGUCGUGGACUCGGCUUCUGAGGAUUGAAGCUUUUCCAGGUCUGGAAUGGCCGUUGGGAUUUUGGAAGAACGGCGAGUUGUUUAUGGAGAACGGCGAAGGGGAGCUGGUGUUGUAUGACCCUUUUACCCAAACAGUAAGAAAUGUUGAGGUUGAUCAUGGGGCAAAGGAAUCGUUGCAAGUUUUAGCUUACACGCCCAUUUCGGCUUCGAUCGAGGGAGGGCUUAAGAUUACAGAAUAGCUAAUAAGCCAGAGUAAUUUUACAAUUACGUUACCGGUUUAUUGGUGUACAUUAAAAAAAUAAAGUGACUAUAAAAAUUAUGGUUGUGUGUAUGAUUGAUUAAAUAAUAAUUUUAAGAGUUAUUUUUUUUUUUAAAGAUAUUUGAUAGGUAUUUAAUAUAAAAUUACUCGAUAAUCCGUGAGA